AUGCUUUACCUGCAACUUCUCUGCGGCGGUUUGCUAGCCGCCACCAUUCAAGUUCAAGCUGCAGUGAAAAUCUCCGGCUCGGCUCUCGACAAGGGUGAUUACGUUACCUGCGAGGUGAAACCGCACGCUGACGAGGAUGUCUCGGCCGUCCUGGAGUACUUCUAUGCCGGAGAAUUCAUUGAGAAUUCAAUCGACUUUGCUUUCGACGAUGAAAUGGUCUGCGGGGACGAAAAUUCCGUCAACGCCGAGCUGAUCUGCCAUGACUUGAAUGGAAAAGCGACUUGCAUUACAACGAAGAAGCAGAGCUACUUCUUUCUGCAGGCUCUCAGCAUGGAAUCCAUGCAGCUCAAAGACCUCGAGCGCCGAGCCAUCGAUCACACCUUGGACGAAAGGGCCGACAGAAACUUAUGCAUCGGUGCGAACAAUCGAUGCAAGAAUCAAUAUCAGCUGGACAGUGGCAGCCUGUUUGGAAAUUGCCCCAGCGACUUCAAGCAGGAAGAGUUCGAGAUUGGAGGAUAUGCCGGCCGUGCUGUGUAUUGCACCAAAGACUGUACUCCUGCGGAGGCAAAAGUAUGCUMCAACCAGGCCUGCUCCAACGACGAGCAGACCUGUGAAGAGAUCGGCAACAAGAAACAGUGUGUCAAAGCUCUUUAUGACUGCCAUGGAGUUUCGCCGAUCAAGAUGGAUGAAUCGAUUUGCAACUUAAAAAGUCUGCAUGCCUUUGGAAAGUUUUGCCAAGACAACAGUUUGACUGGAAUUACUUACAAGGAUGGCAAGUGCGCUUUCAUCGAAGAGGACUAUCGGAGAUUUCUGAAAUCUGCCCAGCGAGUUUUCUUGGUCGAGAUCUUCACGAGUCCAAACAAGGGAGGACUUUUCUGA